AAAAAAACACUAUGGGGAUGGGGAGUGCUCUUCAUCAUGAGGUAAGAGAGACAGAUGGGGGAAAAGCUAAAGGCAAGAGUGGUGACUAAUAGAGGACAGAGAGGGAUUCGAAAUCAGAGAAAUGCUAGAAAGAAGGUUGCGAUUGAUAAGGAACAGAAAGGGAUAGGUGAUCAAACGUCUACUGGAUUAAAGGUCGGCAUUUGGGCGCAGCAUUUUGUCCAACCAGGGAUGUCAUAUGUCCAGGCUGUUAUGGGAAAAUCUCCGAGGACAGUUGGUGCUAUGGUUUGGAACAAACAAGCAGACAAGAAGGCAAGAGCUGAAAUUGUGGAUAGGGUCUUUAUCAAUCAGGGGAAGCCUAUAAACCUUGAGCUAAAAGUGGAGGAGAUGAUGUAUGAGGUAGAGGUGACGGAGGAAGAGUGGCGCGUUGAUCCGGACUGGUGGUUGGCAGAUGAUGAUCGACAGGGAGAGACAGAAACAGAAUUAGAAUAUUCCUUGUCGAAAAAUGGAGACAAUGAGGAUCACGAAUUGAAUUCUUUUGAGAUUCAUGGCGAUGAUGAAGAAGAAAUGGAUGAGGAACGGUUACAGGUGGAGGGUAAUUUGAAUUCAAACAAAGUAGCAAUAACGGAUGGCAUAGGGUCUAUGAGAGAUGAGGAUAAAGGGCUGGAUGGGCUUGGUAGUGAAAAAGGCCUAAUGAUGGUUUCGAAUGAUGGGCUAGAAGAUGGGUUUGGGCCGAAUGGGAGUAUGACUCAAGUGCAAGAAACAGAUGAAAUGAAGGACGGGCCGAAGAAUAGUUUUGGUGAAAUAGGUUGGAAUAAGGAGGUGUUUAAGAACAUGGAAGCACAAUUCCAAAAUGCUGCAAAUAGAGUAGAAAAGAUGGACUUGCAAAAUGAAGUGAUGGAAUUAGAGGGAAGUGAGGUGGAUCAAAGGAAAGAAGGUUUCCAAGAGAUAUGGGAUAUUUUGAGGAAAAGAAAGGCCCUAUGGAAACAAAAAUCAAGAAGUGAUUGGGUUCAAUUGGAGGAUCAGAAUACGAGAUAUUUUCAUAAAAUUGCAAAUGGGAGAAAGGCCUAUAAUAGUAUCUCGGGAUUAUUUUGUGAUGGUCAUUGGGUAGAGGAACCAGAUAUGGUAAAGAAAGAGGUGGUUACUUACUUCCACAAGACGUUUCAAGAAGAAUCUUGGAAUCGACCCAAGCCUUCGAAUAUUGUUUUCAAGAGAAUUUCUAAAGAAAAUAAGGAGUGGCUUGAAAGACCUUUUACUAUUGUGGAGAUUGAAGAAGGAUUACAGAGCUGUGAUGGAAGGAAAGCCCCAAGGCCUGACGGGCUUAAGAUUGUAAUACUAGAGAUUAUAAGUGAAAUGCAAUAUGCUUUUGUUGGGGGAAGACAAUUAGAUGACAGUGUUCUAGCUUUAAAUGAAGUUGUGGAUGAGAUUUGGUUUUGGAGCCAAAUGGAGGGGGUGGAUUAUGGAGUGUCUCUCAACUACAAGGGUUUCAAUGCUGGUAAAUGGAAGCUCGACAAAGGAGUUUGAGUUGGAGAAAGGGUUAAGGCAAAGGGACCCUUUGUGUCCUUUUCUAUUUCUGAUGGUUGUGGAGGGGUUGAAUGGACUGGUUAAAAAAGCAGAGAAUGAGGGACUGUUACAUGGAGUAGAGAUUAGUAAAAGGGGGUUGACAGU